AUGGGCGACAAAGAAGAGACCUGCGACACUCGCAUUGAAGCGCGAUCUCUUCUCAAGGAGCUGUCUAAGCUCAAAACGGCGUUUAUGUUAACGUUUUGGAUCGAGAUCAUGGAGCGUUUUGACAAGACCAGUGUUGCACUUCAGAGACCUGGUUUAGACCUAUCAACGGCUGUUGACCUGCUGAACUCUCUUGACGGGUUCGUGAGUUCUCUCCUGCCUAAAUUUGAAGCUUUCGAGGAGAAGGCAAUGGCACUAAGCGUAGAGCAGUGUUACCAAGGUAAACUCACUCGAGACACCUCAAAGCAACUCACGGCAGUGGAGGAGGUUGCGAGGGCACAUGGUAGCAGAAGGUUCGAGGCAGACACGUUUUACGUAAUUCUCAAUAACCUGAGCUCAGCGCUGAGGACUCGGAAAGCCGCGUAUACCGAUCUCUGUGAAAAAUUUCAGUUGUUCAAACUUCUUAGGGAAACUGGAAGCCAAGACGAACUAAGAGAGCAAGUUGAUAGGCUCGCUGAAACCUACAAGGAGGAUCUUGAGUCGACCUUUUCUACUGAAGUCGUUCAGUUCUCGCACUAUCUGAAGAGUUGCGUUUUACGGGAUACAAGUGCACGAGGACUUUUACGACUUCUGCAGGAACGAGACAUUGUAAGCGUUUUCCCCAAUGUUUCCAUCGGCCUUAGAAUAUACCUGUGUAUUCCUGUAUCGAAUUGCGAGAGCGAACGGUCAUUUUCGAAGUUGUGCUUGAUUAAGAAUUGCCUUCGCUCCACUCUCAGCGAGGAAAAGUUGCAUUCUCUAGCUAUCUUGUCUAUCGAAAGGGAUAUAUUGCGGCAGAUAUCUUUCGACGAGACGAUAUCUGAAUUUUCAAGCUUGAAGAGCCGCAAGAUGCCGUUCUGA